GCUGUCUUGCUGUCUUGCUGUCUUGCUGCCUUGCCUUGCAGAUACACGCCGCAACCAUGACUGCCCAGGCCCACGAGCGAGCCCUCUACGGCGGAGCCAUUACCGCAUACAUCCCCGACUCGUUUGUCGACGCCAGCACUAUGCGAGAAAUCCCUGAUCACCAGGAGGUCUAUGUGGAUGUCGACACGGACCAGAGCAUCAUCGUCGAGCUGCUGGACUAUCUGACCGACAAGUCUGACCUGGAAGCUGCAAACUAUCACUUCUGGGAGCUCGCCAGCGACAAUUCUGCAACUGACGCUAGCCAGGUGAUCUCGAUCCGGGCUAUUAACAACUCUGAGCUGCCCAAUCUCAGUGCCUCGAUGGGCAUCGACGGGUUCCAAGCCAUCAUCAUCCAUGGCAUCCAGCGCAUCGCCAAGUUCAAGGAACACUCGAGCAAUGCCUACAACCAGGUUCACAUCUACCUCUGCCUCGUGCGGCUGCCUGCUGUCGGCACCGACCUCCUCGUCACCUUCAACCACACCACCCAGCUGGGCAGCUCCAGCAGUUCGGCCGGAGCCCUCCGCAGUGAAUACCAAGUCCGGGCACGGAGCGGCGACCCGGCGGCAGCAUCGCUGCUCGGUGCCGGCACCGUCGAGGAGGUGAUGGGCAAGUUCACCAGGCUCGUCCAGAGCAUCCACAUCAAGGAUCGAUCGCUGUUUGGCUGAGGGGCUUUGCCACAGCGCACCAUCCGGGAGUGGGGAACCACCGACCCGCACGACCUGAACGGGGAGCUUGGAUUGG